AUGGAACUACCAACUAUCGAGCAACAGUACUUGCAUGCCAGUUCGUCUGAUUUUCAAGAGUUGGUGAAGCAGCUCGAGCUGUGCUACAGCAUUCGCAAAGGUGGCGCGCAAAACCAAUUAGCAAUAUUUUUCACUGCUGGCGGCCGUGACCUCUAUUCCGCGCUCAAGGACCUGGUAUUCCCUGAGGCCCCGGCAAAACUACCAUACGAUUUUGUGGUGAUCGUGCAACGAAUACUCACGCACCGCGGUACAGCUUCCGGCUAA